CAAAACCCCCGCCUGCAAGUCUCGCUGCAGCCUGCAGCCACCCACACGGCCACACACACGCACCACGCCGCUCACCCCUGCCAGACUCCACGCCACAGAUCUCUCCCCUUUUCUCUCUCUCCAGAACUCUCCCCCCGCAGCCAUGGCGGAGGACGCCCCCAACGCCGCCGCCGAGGGCAGCCAGCCCGCUCCCCCCGAGGGAUCCGCCGACUCCGCCCCCGCCCCGGCGGCUACCGCGGGCGCCAAGGCCGCGGAGGCGCUGCUCCCGUCGCUCAGCAUCUGGCCGCCGUCGCAGCGCACGCGCGACGCCGUGGUGCGCCGCCUCGUGCAGACGCUCGCGGCGCCCAGCGUCCUCUCCCAGCGCUACGGCGCCGUCCCGGAGCCCGAGGCCGAGCGCGCCGCCGCGGCCGUCGAGGCCGAGGCCUUCGCCGCCGCUUCCAAGUCCUCCUCCGCCGCCGAGUCCCCGGCCUCCGUCGAGGAGGGGAUAGAGGUGCUCCAGGCCUACUCCAAGGAGGUCAGCCGCCGCCUCCUCGAGCUCGCCAAGUCCCGGUCCGCCGCCGCUGCGGCGGCGCCGCCCGCCGAGGGGAGCGCGAAGGAGGAGCCCGAGGAGGACUCGUCGGCGGCUGCUCCAGCCACCGAGGAGGCUGCCGUAAAAGAGGAGUAAGGCGUCGGACCACGCUUUGAUCCACCGACAAUUGCUGUUAUUUUGGCAUUUCGUCGGAAUGUUAUUCAUCGUUUGCCCAGCCUAUGUCUACUACUAGUAUAUCUAUUGUCUAUCUAUUAGAGAUUGCUUGUGACAAGAGGGACUCGUGUUUGUUUCGUGGACAUGAUAUAAUGUUAAGUUAUAUAUCAACCGUGCACCCUUCACAUUGCAUCUGUGAAGGUUGCUCGUGUAUGUUUUCACGAGCUAA